AUGGACGGGUUUCGAAGAUUCGCGGAGAAGCUGAUCAACGACCCGCUGAAUCGUCUGCAAGGCGGCUCAGGAGGAGGAUUUUACGACCAAGAGCCACCAUCGCCUGCAGCAGCAGCCACCAGUCGCAGGCGGCCAUGGGGACCCAACGGCCCUUCCAGCGGCCCUGCCAGUGCCAGCGGCAGCAGCAACGGCGGCAGCCGGAGCGGCAACAGGGGCGGGAUUACCUUCGGAGGAGGAGCGCUGAAUCUAGGCGGAAUCGGUGGAAUCGGGGGAAUUGGAGGGCUGGGAAUGGGGAGCGGUGGUGCGGAUGGUGGUGCGGAUGGGGGUAGCAGCAGCAGUGGUGGUGCUAAUAUCGGUGGUGGCGGUGGCGGCGGUGGCGGCGGUGGCGGCGGUGGCGGUGGUGGUAGUUUCAAGAGUUUUGGCACUGGAGGGUUCAUGGGGGGACCUGGUGGGUUUUUAGGAACUGGAACAGGAGGAGGGGCCUCCUUUUUCAAAAACAUCCAACGGUCCUUAUCCAUAGCCGCGCCUGAUCGUGGCCGUCCGCCUCCCGCCCCCACCCCUCGCGUCCCCUCCUCCCAUUCCGCCACGUACGAAUCUCCCCCUAUCCGCGGCCAGGCUCCCCCUUCCUAUGCCGCUGCGUUUGGGGGGAGAUCAUCAGGAGGAGCAACGGAGCUUCAUAUAACGCUGGACGAGAUUCGGUUUGAGAACCAGAGCAGCAGCAGCAGCACCGGUGGAUUUGGGGCAAUGGCCAGUGGUAUUAGUGGUAGUGGCAGCGGUAGUGGUGGUAAUGGUAGUGGUGGGGAUGGUCGUUCUGGUAGCACUGCUAUCGUCCGCACCCAGUCCGCCUCCUCCCCUGCCUCCCCAGGUUUCAGCGUCCUCUCUCUCUUCACCUCCCCGCCUCAAACUAACCACCACAACCAGCAUCACAACAGCCAUCACCAGCAGCAGCAGCAGCAGCAGCAGCAGCAGCAGUCGCGUCUGUCUCAGCCCUCCCCCCGUUCCACUGCUGCUGACGUCAUCUCCUUCUUCACCUCCCCCUUCUCCCUGGGCCCCUCCGCCUCCCCCGCACCUCUCCCCCGCCAAAGCUCUGCAGGAGGCGCCUCCCCCCUCCGCAGGUCGUUACCAGGGGGGGUGGUAUCUCCUGCGCUCUCUGGGGGUGGGGGAGGUGUGGGAGGGGGAGGGAUCGGAGGGCUGUGGGCUAUGGUGACGCGGACUAGCAGCAGUGGGAUUGGAGGGGGAGGAGGGGGGCUGGAUGACGUGGCCGAGUCCCUGCCCUUAUCUGCCACGUCAUCAAUGAACACGUCACUGGGGAUCCUAGCUGGCAUGUCGUCGCUGCGACCCGUCCAGGCGGAGCAGGCAGAGCCCUUAGAUGCGAGCUUUUUCGAGGAAGUGAGUGUAUGGGGAUGGGAUGGGGAGUUGGGGGAGUUGUGGGGGAGGGUGGGGUUUCCAUGGGCAUGGCGUUGGUGUGUCUGCUGGGCUUGCGUGUGGCGACCCGUGCAGGCGGAGCAGGCAGAGCCCUUAGAUGCGAGCUUUUUCGAGGAGGACUUUGACCCUGUCCGCUGUGCGUUGGAGGAGCUUCCAGACGAACCGCUCUCGUUGCAACACCUUGGAACACAGUGUGGCAAGCGGCAGCUGCAGCUGGAUGAGGUGUCGGAACAGCUGGCGACGCAAGUGAUGAGUCACCACGAGGAAAUGGUGCAAGGAAUGAACCUCUUCGCGGAGCUAGAGAGGGACCUGCAAGUGCUCUAUGUCAUCUGCAGGAAUACGCGGCGGCUGCUCAACAGUGCACGCAAGGACAUCUCAAAGAACCUGGUGGUGUCCAACAACGUGCAGAAGAAGCGCAUGGCCACGAGCAUGAUUCCAGUGUUGCAGCACAUGCAGCAGAUAGCACAGAUGAAGGCGCACCUGCAGCAGCUGGUGGAGGGCGGGCACUACCCCGCCGCCCUGCAGCUGUGCUCACGCUGCCUCGUGCUCGUGGAGCAGAGCAGAUCGCUGUGGGCGAUUGGAGACAUGAGCGGCAGCCUCGAGGGGUGGCUGGCGAGAGUGGUGGACGAGGUUGAUGCCAUUCUCUUCACAGUCUGCCGCCGCUACAACCCUACCGCCUAUGCCACGGUGCUCGACUCAUAUGCAGUGAUGAACGGGCUGCCAGCCCUGGCGGAGAAAGUCCACAACUUCUUCUCCCAGGCCGUGGUGUCCGAGACGUAUGAUAUCCUGCUGCAGUUCGUGGAACAGGGAAGCACAGAAGACGACGCCAGAAGAAGCAGAAUGGCAUACAGUGAAUUAUGUGGGCAGCUAUCAGACCGUUUCUUCUUCCUCUGCCUCAUCCGCACCAUGGAGCUCGUCUUUGAGCUCAUGUGCUCGCACCACGUCAUGAUGACCGCCCACCACCCGUUGCUCAAAACGGUAUCCGCUCCUCCUCCUCCUGCCGCUCCGCCCGCUGGCCCGCCCUCUGCUCCACCCUCCACUGGUUCGAACGCAUCUCAAGGCACUGCAUCAGCGGUCCCCAUCGCCCAACCCACCAAUCCAUCCAUGCCUCCUCCCUCCGCCACUCAGCCAUCGAAGCUUGAGCCAGCGAGUGCAAGCAGCAGCACGACUGGCAUUAACAAUGCAGCAGAAAGGGGUGGUGGUGAGAGCAGGGCGACUGGGGAGAGCAGGGCGAGGCCGUCAGCAGCCAAUGAGCUGAUGCCAGCUGUCCCGUCGCCGGCCAGUGAGCUGUCGCCAGCUGUGCGGGAGGCGGCAGCAGGAGCAGUGAGGGGCGCGUUAGAGAAGGGCAGGAAGGCUGUGUGGGAGCUAGCUGCUCGAAGGGUGGCGGCUCUGCUGUCUGCUCCUCCUGUGUGCUCCGGCACAUCAGAGCAGUUCCUGCAGAUCCUGUGCUUGGUUGAAGACUUUGUGCUGGCAGGGGAGGCAUUCACACAAGCGGAGGCGGGGAGUCUGAGGGCCAAGAUGGGUCGGCAGUGCGACCAGUUCUUCAGGAACUACCACCGACAGGCACUGGAGUCUGAGGGCCAAGAUGGGUCGGCACUGCGACCAGUUCUUCCGGAACUACCACCGCCAGGCACUGGAGGUGCUGCGGAUGAUGGUGGAGAGGGAAACCUGGCAGCCUCUUCCCCCGUCCUCCCAGCAAGCCCCCAUGGUGCACCAUCUCAUCUCCUCCCGCUCCACCCUUCCGCCCUCUCCCCCCUCGGUGCCCUCUCUACUCUCUUCGCUCUGUCUCCUCACCUGCAGGUGCUGCGGAUGAUGGUGGAGAGGGAAACCUGGCAGCCGCUGCCGCCGUCCUUCCAGCAAGCCCCCGAGGUGCAAAAUCUCAUCUCCUCCCGCUCCACGCUCGCUCGCACACCCGCCAAAAUGCUCACUAGCAUCAUGAAAGGGGUUGGGAGCGGGUUGAUGAGGAUGCGAGAGGAAGGGGAAGGAGAGGAGCAGGAAGAGGAGGAGGAGGAAGAGGAGGAGGAGGAGGAGGAGGAGGAGAACUCUUUAUUAGGCCGCUCACAGAGCGAUGGAAGGCUGGGGAGCCAGGGUAGGAGGCGGGCUGGCAGUGGGAAGGAGGGAGGCGGAGGGGUGGGCGCCGGUGGGAGCAAAGGAGGGAAGGGUGUGAAGGGGGUGAAGGCAGGGAAGGGGGAGGAGCAGGACUUUGCUGCCACUGCAUCUGCUCUUGGUGCUGUCAGGUUAAUGGACUAUCAGGUCACUCUGCUGUUCUCUCUGGGACCCAUCUCAGCUGACGUCAUCAUGUCCGUGUGGCAGCUGUUCGACCUCUAUCUUAUCACCGUCUUUCGCAUAUUUGGCCAUCGGGAGGCCUUUGCUGCCCUGCGAUCCGCCGACCCUGCCGCCGCCCACUUGCUAUCCCCCAAGCUACGCGCCGUGCUCACCAAGAUUCUGCACAAGUUUGAAGCCAUGGGCCUGCGCCCUCUCUCUCCGCCCUCCUUCUCCGAUGCUGCUGCCUCCGCUGCUGCUUCGGCUGCUGCUUCCGCCGCCGCUGCUUCCGCCGCCUCUUCUCUUGAUUCAACUAUGGGGGCUUCUGCUGCUGGUGUUGCUGGUGGUGCUUCUAAGGGUGCUGGUGCUGCUGCAAGGGGUGGUGGUGCUGCAAGGGGUGGUGGAGAGGGGAAUGGGAGUGUGGCAGUGCGGCCAAGUCUGUUUGACGGCAAGACUGGCACCCGGGUUCUGAUUUCCUCGUCAAACUUCUAUGCCCUCAGGGAGCGGUGUGUGGCGAUUGAGUCGCUCCUGUGGCUCUCCCACGUGGUGCAGGCAGCACGGCAGCGCUUCCUGUCACACCUGCCCAAGGCGUCGUGGCCGCUGCUUGAGUCCUACACCUCUGAGACUCUGGAGGUGGUACCAGAGCUCUGUGAGCAUGUCAUGAGAACAGCUGCUCGGUUGCUAAUCAACUUCUCCAGCUACGCUGACAAGAUUGCAGCAGGGAGAUGGGAGUCCCAUGACGUCACGUCCUACCACAGCCCCUACGUGGAUGCUCUGCUGUCGGAAUUCCGCCUGCUGCUUCAGAGACUGAACCACCUGGGCAUCCCAGUCCAGGUGCAGCACCAAUUGGUGCAGUUUGCAAUGGAAGCAGUGGCAGACGUGCUUGUAGAGGGCUUCUCGCGAGUCAAGCGCUGCUCCAAUGAAGGCCGGGCGCUCAUGUCUCUCGACCUGCAGACGCUGAUCAACGGCUUGCAGCAGCUCACAGGGCGCCGCCCGGACAUGCAGAUAGUUGACACGUACAUCAAGGCCUUUUACCUGCCGGAGACAGAGUACCUCUACUGGGCUCUCAGCCAUCCUGUGGUGUCGCUGAUCAACCUGGUGGCGGUGAUGAAGGGGUGGAGGAGGAAGACCCGCGUUGACCUCAUUGACCGAAUUGACCUCCUCUGUGCCAUGCCGUGUGCCACUGUUCUCCCCCACUUGCAGGAGUAUUCACGAGCUCAAGUUGUCUGUCUGAUCAACCUGGUGUCAGUGAUGAAGGGGUGGAGGAGGAAGACCCGCGUUGACCUCAUUGACCGGAUCGAGGGGCAAGAGAUCAGAUGA